GGAAGCAUGGGGGGGAUCGCCGGCGUAGAGAGAGGGAGCGGUGUGGGGAUGCGUCCCGGCCGGAGGAGCAGCUUCCCUGAAAGCGGACAAGCCCCAGGCACACCAGGCGGCCAGACCUGAGGGUCGUCGGGAAGGGAUAGUGUGAGCUUGGGUUUCUGGAGGGGGCGCCCGGGCGGGGCAGGAGGCAGCUCCAGGUAUGAGGCCACUGACUGAGGAGAGAGGGGUCCCCAGGGGAAGGGAAGCGGCAGAACAGCUGCAGAAGUGCAGGGAGCGGGAAGGUACUAGGGCAGGAGCUUCCCGCCGCCACCAGCCGGGGCAGCAGCAGGAACAGCAGGGGGAGGAGCAACAGCUGCCGAAUUCGCCAACUAGAGGAAGGGGAGGCGGAGCUUGGGUCCCUGUAAGCAGCCGGAGGCGCAGUCUGGACUCUAGUUUCCCGGGAGAGGCGAGAGGCAGGAGCACGAGCCGAGCGGAGCGCAGUCCUCCGACAUCAGCUCCAGCAUCCCGCCAGGGGUUGCAGGUGUGUGGGAGGCUAGAGCUCUCCCAACAUGGCUUUCCUUGUACUCUUCUCUUUGCUGGUUCUGCAAAAUCUGGCUUUAGGGGCCACUUUCCCUGAUGAGACCAUUGCUGAGUUGUCAGUGAAUAUGUAUAACCAUCUUCGAGCCACUGGGGAAGAUGAAAAUAUUCUUUUCUCUCCAUUGAGUGUUACCUUUGCUAUGGGAAUGAUGGAACUUGGGGCCCAAGGUUCUACCCUGAAAGAAAUCCGUCAUUCAAUGGGAUAUGACAGCCUGAAAAAUGGUGAUGAAUUUUCCUUCUUGAAGGAUUUUUCUAACAUGGUAACUGCUAAAGAGAGCCAGUAUGUGAUGAAAAUUGCCAAUUCCCUCUUUGUGCAAAAUGGAUUUCAUGUCAAUGAGGAAUUUUUGCAAAUGCUGAAAAAAUACUUCAAAGCAGAAGUAAAUCAUGUGGACUUCAGUCAAAAUAUAGCUGUGGCCAACCAUAUCAAUAAGUGGGUGGAGAAUAACACAAAUAGUCUGUUGAAGGAUUUGGUAUCCCCAAGGGAUUUUGAUGCUGGCACUCAUUUGGCCCUCAUCAAUGCUAUCUAUUUCAAGGGGAACUGGAAGUCACAAUUUAGACCUGAAAAUACUAGAACCUUUUCCUUCACUAAAGAUGAUGAAAGUGAAGUCCAAAUUCCAAUGAUGUAUCAACAAGGGGAAUUUUAUUAUGGAGAAUUUAGUGAUGGCUCCAAUGAAGCUGGUGGUAUCUACCAAGUCCUAGAAAUACCCUAUGAGGGAGAGGAGAUAAGCAUGAUGCUGGCAUUGUCCAGACAGGAAGUUCCACUGGCCACUCUGGAGCCAUUGGUCAAAGCACAGCUGAUUGAAGAAUGGGCAAACUCUGUGAAGAAACAAAAAGUGGAAGUGUACCUGCCCAGGUUCACAGUGGAACAGGAAAUUGAUUUAAAAGAUGUUUUGAAGGCUCUUGGAAUAACUGAAGUUUUCAUCAAAAAUGCAAAUUUGACAGCUUUGUCUGAUAACAAGGAGAUUUUCCUUUCCAAAGCAAUUCACAAGUCCUUCAUCGAGGUUAAUGAAGAAGGCUCAGAAGCUGCUGCAACCUCAGGAAUGAUUGCAAUUAGUAGGAUGGCUGUGCUGUACCCUCAAGUUAUUGUCGACCAUCCAUUUUUCUUUCUUAUCAGGAACAGGAGAACAGGUACAGUCCUAUUCAUGGGCCGAGUCAUGCAUCCUGAAACAAUGAACACAAGUGGACAUGAUUUUGAGGAACUUUAAAUCAUUUCAUAUGCAAAAUAGUAACUAAACACAUUAUGUUUGCAACUGGUAUAUUUAAGAUUUGUGUUUUACAGUAUAUCUUAUGAUAAUAUUUAAAAAUAGUUCCAGAUAAAACAAUGUAUGUAAAUCAUAAGCCAAGAAAUGUUCUCAGUAUUAUUGAGGUAAUAGUCCCGUGGUGUCAUUGUGUCUACUGUGCUGGUAUUUAAAAUAAAAGUGCAUAUUGAUAAUGUGAACAAC